AUGCAUCCCGAGGAGCUGAAAUCGAAAGCUUUCGUACUGGAAUCUCAGGUGCAGCAGGAUAGUGGCUUUGUCGGUACGGGACAAGUGCCACCGCAAUACCUCAACCACCAGCAGCAGCAACUUUUUCAGCAGCAGCAGCAGGUCUUUCAGGAGCAGCAGCAUCUUCUCCCGCAGCAGCAGGCGGCGCACUAUCACCAACAGCAACAACAACAGCAUUACCAUCAUCACCAACAACAGCAACAGCAGCAGCAAUAUCAGCAGCAGCAGCAGCAACAACAACAACAACAACAGCAACACCAACAGCACCAGCAGCAGCAUUUCACCCGGCAGGCGGCCGCCUCCUGCAUGCAGGACAAGUACAGCAGUGGCGGCGCACUCCGAGGCCAGCUCCCCAUGGAAUGGGGCGACAAUUUGGCAACCGAACGCGUCAUUGCUGGAGGCGUAACUUCCGGCUCGCCCAUGACACCAGGGCUCGGGCAUCAUCAUCAUCCGCAACAGAACCAACUGCAGAACCCGGGCGACGUCGUGGGUCCGAACGCGUUCGUGCACGGUGCGACGUUGACGUACGGUAAUGAACCAACGACACAGGGUCACCAGCGCCGGAUGGUUCCACCUGCCGGUGUGAACCAGUACUCGACCCGCGGCGUCGACGGUGGAGCGCCACCUGGUGCUUCCGGUUCCUACUUUCACGAUCAGCUUAGCGCGCACGCCCAAACCGUUGUCGGUACCGGGAUGGGACACUUCGUCACUGUGGAAACAACGGGCGGUGGUGGUUACGCGACCACAGUAGUGCCAGGUGGUAUGGUGCAAGCAGGAGCUGGCCGAACUGUGGGACAGCUGGGUGCCAGCCCAAACGCGGCCUCCCCGCCGGGAGUGCCCGGAAUGGGGACAGGUGCAUACGUACACACAACCACACCGACGCACGUGGCCUCGUACAUGCAACAGGGCUCACCGAGCGGCAUGCAGCGGAUGAAUGAUAUGAGCACAAUGCAAACUUCCAGCGGUCCGGGAGGGACGCUCGUUACUCAGCAGCAGCAACAGAUGGUUCCGGAGCAUCGCCGUGGACCGCUGCCAGUGCAUUCGGACUUUCCUUCCGGGGCGUCGAGAUCACCCUUCCAUACGGUUUCGCUGCCCUCUUCGAGCCCGUGCCUGGUGGAUGCAUCCGGUGGCAACAACAGCACCAUCGCUGUCUGCACCAAACCUUCCGAUAUGGGCAUGAACAACGAUCCGCUAAAAUCGGCAUCGAUGUCUGUAAUCAGCCAGCAGCAAGCGUCAUCAAGAGGACCUCAAAUUUACGGGAUGCAAGGAACGGCCCCAAUGGAGGUGCCCCUAGAGUCAGAGUUUACCUUCCCAGCGGUAGAUCAGAGCGCCAACGAUAGCGUCCAGCAGCAGCACCAGCACCAGCAGCAACAACAUCAGCAGCAGCAACAGCAACAGCUUUCGAUGCCCCUUGGCGGUAACGGGACCCGAGCGUCGGCGCACACAGGAUCGAACGAUCGUAUUACGCGCUCAAGCGUUAACAACCGCUCUACCAGGCUGGCUGAGGACGAAGAUCACGAGGGUCUCGAAGAAGUGUUGCCGGUCGAUCCGCUGUCCACCGCCAACGAUCUCCACUCUGGGCUGGGUCACGUUUCUAAAUCCGCUUCCCUAAAACUUGACCACCGAUCCAGCGAAGGACAAUCAGUGGCCGGCUCGACGAUAAUACAAUCGACGGAGCAGCGCAAACGUUCCGUAAAACACGUGCGUUUCGUCGAACCGGCGGAAGAAAACUCCUACGAUGGGAUGCGCCGCACGCGCGGUACCGUCUCCCCGCAUCCGCUUGGGAUGGGCCGCCGAGACGACAUAGAGGACGAGGGAGAAGAUCAGGAGGAGGACGACGAUAUGGAUGGGCUGUCGUUGAUGCAAAAUCUGCCCCCCGUCGAGAGUCUGCUGGUGGAAAUGGACGAGCCGUUGGAUGGAGACGACGAUGAUAACGAGGACGAGGACGUGGAAAUGGAGGACGGCGACGACAAUGGCGGUCGACGGCGUAUGGCACCGCGAAGACGUCGCCAUGGCCAGUCGGCGUUACGGCGCGCGAAACACAGCGAAUCGAUCGAGCUCGAGCUGGAACCGCUUGUCCCGGUGUCGGUCGAAUUGGGCGAUGGGAGUGGAGGCUCAGCUGAGAAGGGUGAGGACAGCCGGCUUGCACCGGUGGCCCAUGUGUGCCGUGUGUGCCUGUGUGAUGAGAAGGAUGAACAGGCCGGUGACAGCGAACGGCGACCGAUGGAGUCACUUUACUGCACGGUCGUUCCGGAGUACCAAUCGCGCAGUCUCUACUCGAUCUUGGUGGCUGUCUGUCAUCCGCUGCACCUUGGCAGCAAUGCCGGGAUGCCGGAUCGGAUCUGUUUACCGUGCAAGGGAAAACUGCUGGCUGCUUAUGAACUGUACGAUAUGUGCCUGCGAAAUGAUGAAAUGCUGCGUCGAAAGUACCAGGAGAAGCUGCUGCUCGCGUCCAGUGCGGCCGGUGGCGCUGGUGGUGGUGGGGGAAUGCGGCGCAUUAAGAAGGAAAAGUUCGACAAUAACGGUGCUGGCGAGGACGACGAAGACGACUAUGAUAACGACGACUUCUAUGGCGGAGCUACCGUGAAACGCGGUACCUCGAUGAACGCCCAGGACGAUAGCUACCUCUACGACCGACAGUAUCCGUUACACGGCUCGGCCGGCGCCACUGGCAAAACGUCCGCGAUGGCGGCAUUACGGGCUCGCUUCCAACAGCAACCCCAAGGUAAAUGGAACAAAUAUCAGCGCCAGCAGCAGAUCUCUUCACCAAGCCAGAUGCGCGCCCAGCACGUGGCAAACGGACCGGAUGCGUUGCGCCAGCUGCAGGAUGGUCGAUCGAAACAGACCACCAGCCCGGCAAAUCGGUCAGCGGCAACGUACGACUACAACUCGUUCCACCGGGUGCUCCCGAACGGCAGCCACCAGUGCACUAAGUGCAUGCGCGAAUUUAAGUACCACAGUUACUACAAGAACCACUUCAUCAGCCAGCACGAUCCGACGAAACCGUUCAAAUGCCGCAAGUGCCACUACACCUUCCGCAACGAGCGAUGGUUGAUCGUGCACAUGCGCUCUCACGUCACGCAGAGGGACCCGAUGUCGAUGGGUGGCAUGGUGACGAUGGGAAGCGACGGGUCGGCCGGGGGGGCGCAAGAUUCGCUCGACGCGUCGCUGGAGGGUGGCAUGGAUCGGUCGGUGGUGGCGAGUAACACUGGCAGGGCGUUCGAAUGUAAUUAUUGCGAUAUGGCGUUCCCGGCAUUCGGCAUCCUGAAACGGCACAUGCUUACGGUGCACGCGGACAAAAACCGGGGACUGGAGUGUCCGAUCUGUCACUGCCGCUUCGCGAAUCAGUCGAGCUUUCUGGUGCACCUGCAGCAGCACAAGGACGAGAAGCAGCGGAUGCGCAGCGUGAAGCAGGAAGAGCAGGACGAAGCCUCCGAUGAGCAGCAAGCGAAGAGUGCCGAUGGUGGGAUGCAGGUGAAACGGGAAUAUGCGUGCCCCGUCUGCACGGCACCGUUCGUGAGAGAGGGCCUGAUGAACGUGCACGUGCAGGAACAACAUCCGGAGGCAUUCGUCGAGCUCCACACGGAGCUGGCCUUCCAGUGUGGCGUGUGCCUGUGCGAGUUUGGCGAUCGAGCCGCUUUGGAGGAGCACGCCGGCACGCACAGUGAAGCAGAACGAAGUGAGGCAGCCGCGAAGCAGAGAGAAACAAGCGCACCGCCGGAAGGUGGAGCGUCCGAUGAUGGGCUGGACAAGGUAUUCAAACAAGAAGAGGAAGGCGGUCAAUAUGCAUCGAAGGACGAUGCGGAGGCGCAAGAGAAUGGUUCCGGUGAAGGAUCCGAUGGUACAGAGAACGUUCCUGACGGGUGUUCGAUGGUGUACAAAUGCAAGCUCUGUCAGACUCGGUUCCCGGCAAAGGACUCACUAACGGCGCACAUCGAGACGCAUAUGGCUGCGACGAAACGACAAGCUGGCAAACGAUCCUUCGACGAAUCGGCGGGUGAUGUUGAUGGGGCAGGCGACGAAGACGAUUACAGUGGCGAGGAGGAUGAAGAAGACGAUGAAGCGAACGGUGAGGGUGGAGCGGGCACGGGAAGGCGCCAAAAACGCCCGAAACUGGAAGGUGGUGACGAUACGGCCGGAGGAGCAACGCCUGCAGGAGAGGAAGACGAAGCUGAGGAACCAAUCGAUCCGGACGAAAUUUCGUUCAAUCCGGAAACGGGCGAGCAAGUGUUUACGUGCCAGGUGUGUGGUAAAGUGAUAAAUACACUCUCCCAGUUCCGUCGGCACAAGCGUGUCCACACGCAAAAAGGCCGACCGUUCGAGUGUCACAUCUGCUUCUACCGGUUCGCAAUGAAGUACAGUUACACAGCGCACAUGCUGCGCCACGAACUCGGAUGUGAUCCGACGCAACCCACCAUGUACCGUUGCUCGAAGUGUUCGGAAACGUUCUCCCGCCGGAAGCUGCUAAACCAACACAUCACGGCCACGCACGGUCGAUGGUCCGGAGCAACGGCAAGCCCGAUGUACGGCAUGGCGAAUCCUUCAGGCGUCGCUUCCGGCAGGGCUGCGAUGGCGCAGGCAGGCGGCGUUUCCCUGGCCAGUGGUGGUGGACGUGGUAGCCAUACCUGCCCCAUCUGUUCGGAGACGUUCACGCGUGAAAGCGUCCUGAAUGGGCACAUGAAGACGCACAACCUGGAGGCGGCACAAAUGGCCCAUUCGGAGGUGUGCUAUCUCUGUCGGGUGUGCAGCAGUGAGUUUGAAUCCCGUGAGGCGUAUGAAGCACACGCUACCGAAGCGCAUCCGGGUACGAAGAUGGACCUGAUGGAAUCGGGUGUCACCACCGAUGACCCGACGGAGUCGGAAAUGCCAGCGACCGAGCUGCCGGUAAACGAUGGCCAGGGUGAUAUCGAAGGUGCAGCGGGUAAGAACGAACUCCACGAAGGGGAUGUGAGCGCGGAAGGAGGGGAGGAUACGAUGGCCAACGCGAACAACGUCGGUUUCACGCUGAUCUUCAAAUGCAAGCUGUGUUCCGGGCGGUUUCUGAAGAAAAAAUCCCUCGAUUGGCAUCUGCAAACUCAUCGGUCUAUUGCCAAGCAAGGCGACGGUGUUGCCAUCCUGCCAGAUCUCGGUCCGGACGUCAUAGCCGACCAACCUAAAAUGAACAAGUGCUCGAUUUGUGGGCAGAUGUUCGACAAUGAGAUUCUCUUCCACGAGCACGUGCGCUCUCACCAGCUCGGUAGGUCCCCGCGGUCGGCCAAUGCAAGCUACGUUUCUCCAUCUCCACCGACGAGACGAAAGCGAUCGGCUGGCCGUAGCAUCAUCCAGUGCGACCUUUGCAAAAAGACCUUUACCUACCGCAGUCAGCUGCAUCAGCACACGAUGCUGCACCACCAGCCGGGCAAACCGUUCGAGUGCAAAACGUGCCACUACAGCUUUGUGCACAAGCUAAACUUAAAGCGCCACGAGUUGACGCAUCUCCGGGAACCGCCCCGACCGGCGAUGGGCGGACUUGGUCCGGAGGAUCGUUCCGGGCAGGAAGAUCAGGACGAUCAGCUGGACAACUCGCACCUGCUGCAGCCGCUGGUACUGUUGCACGGUCCCGAGGACGAAGCGAAUGGUGGCGCCGGCCAGGACGAUGGCGAUGGCAGUGAGCAAAUGUCCGUCUCGACAAUGGACGGCUCGUCAACGGCGGACGCGAGCGAUGGCACCGGUGGACGCGGAUGGGCACAAAAGAAGUUCAAGUGCGUCGUUUGCUCGCGGGUGUUUGCGAGCCAAAACGAGCUAGUCGUACACCUGCAGACGCAUAUCGAGCGUAUCAAUGAGGUGAAGAAUCGCAACGUGCCGUCGCUGGGAACGCCGACCGAUACGGGCAUCGCACCGAACGAUCGGCAGUGUAAGCUGUGCCACAAGGUGUUCAAGUUCAGCUGCCAGCUGAAGCAACACCACCUGCUGCACCACGCGCGCGAGAAACCGUUCGAGUGCCGCACGUGCCACUAUCGGUUUGAGUUUAAGGGCCAUCUCGUGCGGCACCGGGCGAACCACCACCCUAACGAGGAUAAGGACGAUAACAGCCUGGACACGAUGAGCCCGUUCCUAACGUCGACGCCGCUACGUGGAGCGACUGGCCGGGGUGGUUACGGUGACAACCUCAGCCAAAGCGUGCCAAAGUACGGCGGGCUGGUGACGGACGACGUCAUCAUAGCGCCAACGACGUCCUCACCGCGCUCGGAAAGCGGUUCGGCCGGUGUGCCCACGCACCAGUGUCCGAUGUGCUCGCUGAAGUUCAUCAAGGCGCGUUCGCUGGCCAUGCACAUGCGAAUACAUCUCGGAGGGCGCAAGCUUCGACGCGUCAUUCCGGCUUCCACGGCGGCGGCAUCACCUCCGUUGGAUGUGCAUUUAGCGGCCGGUGGGGUCCUAGGGUCAGACAAGCUCGUGUGUCGCAUAUGUGCCGGAACGUUCUCAACUGCGCACGAGCUGAAAACGCACAUGAUGACUCACAUUGGGAGCGAAGCGAUGGACCUAGAGGCACCGUUCGGUAUCAGUGCGUUCAACAUGUUGCACGAGAAUAUGUUCAACGACUCGCUGGGUGGUGACGGUGGUGAGGGUGGAUCGUCUGGAGGCCCUACCGGUACCGAGGACCACAGUAGUAGCAUGGGAGGCGAAGGAGGUAGCAAUAGCCGGGCCGAGGGUUGCGGUAGCACCGAUGGCGAUUAUCAGCACGAGGAGGGAGAAGAUGGCAGUGGGGGGAAUGCGCUUUUCGACAGCUCCAACCUGGAGCUCGUCCUGGAUGAUAAUAUUCUCGACAAGAACUUCACUAUGCGAUAUCAGCAACAGCAACAACAGCAGCAGCAACAACAACAGAAACGCCGCAAUACGAAGGGCGGUGGGCACAACAAUGGAGACGGUGGGGGGGAGGACGACGGCGAGGAAGAAGAUGAUGGUGACGACAAUGAGGAUGAUGUCACGGACACGAACGAUGGUGAAGGCGGAGCAGGCGACGAGGACGACGAGGAGGACGAAGGCGAACAGUCGUCCGCGUCGACGAUGGCUAGCUACCAGCGAAGCAUGAACCUGAUGGCCACACAUCGAUCCCGCCUUGCAUCGGCAGCCCUGUCGACACGGUUACAAACGACCCCGUCCGCCUCCUCGUCACAGUCGUCCUCGUCGACCAAGGGCAAGAUCGUGUGCGAGCUGUGCAAGAAGGAGUUCCUCUAUCCGUGCAAUCUGAACCAGCACAAGCAGCUGCACCACUCGAAAGACAAACCGCACGAAUGCCGCGUGUGCCACUACCGCUUCGAGUACGUUGGCCAUCUGCAGCGGCACAUCCGGCAGCAGCACGAAUCGAUGGCGGAAGAGCUGCUUGUGACGGCAGAACCGCAAUCUUUCGACUGCAACUUUUGUGGCGAAUCGUUUGAGGCGAAGCCUCUACUAACGGCACACGUUCACGCAAUGCAUAGGGGAGAGAAACCGUUCCAGUGCGACAAGUGUCCGGCGACGUUCAGUUAUAAGAAAUCGUACGAAACCCAUCGGGAGGAGCAUUAUUUGAAAGCGAAUAAUGGAGCCUUCAAGUGUAGUUUCUGCAAAAAAACUUUCAACAGCGCACAAAAGGUAGACAACCACGUUUGCAUUCAAUAG